UUUGUGUCAGCUUGUGGGUGUGCGUGUGCAGCACUGCAGUGGAUGGCUGCAGGGCAUAGCUCUGGAUCGGUCUCAGUACCUACAGCGCCUCUGCUAGAACUCCAAAUCGAAAUCGCACGAGUGGGUAUUAGCUACUAACUGCAGCAAAGGGCGAUGCACCGUCCCCUGCUAGCACGUUAAAGUGAGAUGAGUCACGAAUGAGUUCUGCAGGAUGUCUUUCAAGAAGGAAACUCCUCUAGCCAAUGCUGUAUUUUGGGCAGCGAGGAAGGGGAACUUGGCCCUGCUUCAGCUGCUACUCAACAGUGGUCGGGUGGAUGCAGACUGCAAAGAUAGUUACGGCACCACAGCGCUGAUGGUGGCAUCUUACAGCGGCCACUAUGAGUGUGCGAGAGAGCUGAUUAUGCAAGGAGCUGAAAUUAACCUACAGAGAGAGACAGGCUCCACAGCCCUGUUCUUCGCCUCCCAGCAGGGGCACAACGACAUCGUCAAGCUCCUCUUCGAGUUUGGGGCCUCCACCGACUUGCAGACGAAGGAAGGAGGUACGGCGCUCUCGGCCGCCGCCCAGCAUGGCCACGCCAAGGUGGUGGAGACCCUGCUGAAGAACGGUGCAAACGCUCACGACCAGCUCAGCGAUGGUGCGACUCCCCUUUUCCUCGCUGCCCAAGAAGGUCACGUGACUGUUAUACGGCACCUCCUGGCGUCGGGGGCCAAAGUGAACCACCCUCGGGAGGAUGGUACGGCUCCGCUUUGGAUGGCAGCCCAGAUGGGACACAGCGAGGUCGUGAAGGUCCUGCUGCUACGUGGAGCCGAGCGGGACGCCAACAGAAAAGAUGGUUCAACUGCAUUGUUCAAGGCUGCUUACAAAGGGCACACCGAUGUCAUCGAGGAGCUGCUCAAGUUCUCUCCUUCUCUCGGCGUUCUGAAGAACGGUUCCACUGCUCUCCACGCUGCAGUCAUGGGUGGGAACAUCCGAUCAGUGGUUCUUCUGCUGGCUGCCAACGCAGAUCCCGUUUUAACUAACAAGAACAAUGAACUGCCAAGAGACCUCACACAAAACGAGCGAAUCCUGAGACUUCUGCAGACACAGGCGGUGAACGGGAGUAGUUGAUGAUGACUAUCCGUAGUCUCUAGCUCUCAAACGAUGGUUACUGAGUCUAAAGAAACAUACUGGGCUCCAGUCCAAGAGCGUCACAGAUAUGCACAGUCAACAAUCCCUGGCCACAUCUUGCCCCAAAAUAUGGUGUUUGCUUUCAGCUGCGGCUUCAGAUUAACCUGUAUUAAUUAACAGCCAUAAUAUGAACCAGACAGGAGGGUGGUUACUGCGUGUUAUACUGCACAUCGGUCAGUGGAUGAGGAUUUUGCCUUGCGUCGUUUUUCUGUUGAAAUGCAGUUCUUAAAACUGUUUUCUUAUAAUGUUUUCUCCUGGUGCUGUACGUUUCUAAAUAUUUAGCUAAUUCUUAUUUCAGCAUUUGUAAUAAAUGUGACACAGACUGUACAUUUGUGAAAUAAAAUAUAUUUAAAAAUUA